GGCGAUGGCUUCGUGCCCCCCAGCCCCGCUGACGUGUGGGAGCACAUCAAGCCCGUGGCCGGUGGCCUGCGAAUUGAGUGGGAUGAAAACGUGAAGGACUUUGAGGUCAUGGAGGUGAUCACUGAGAAUAUUUCUGUGUGCAGAACCACAACCCCUUCAGCUUUCAGGAAGAUUAUUUCACCAAGAGAAUUUGUGGAUGUGGUAGUAACCAAGCAAUACGAAGAUGGCACUAUGCUAUCUGCGGCCAGCCAUGUGGAACACGCACUCUGCCCUCCUCAAGCCAAUUUCGUUAGAGGGCUUAAUUAUCCCUGUGGCUCUUUCUGUAUACCUAUUCCAGGAGAAUCAAACAAGACUCAAGUCCUCACCUUCUUCCAGACCGAUCUUGGUGGCUAUCUUCCCCAGACUGUGGUGGAAUCCUUCUUUCCAGCAACCAUAGCUGGAUUUUAUAGCAAUCUGAAAAAAGCUGUUAAGACAUUAAAAUCGUGACAAAGCCAGUUGCUGAGAUGACCAACUGAGGGUAGAAAAACCACUGGCAGCUUGAGGUUAGAAAUGAUGGGAAAUAGAGGUUGGCCUACAACACUUUUUUAACAGC